AUAACCCAUAAACGAAUGUUGGAUAUGAGUCGAAAACAACAGUUGACGUCGUCAUUCAUCGUCCACUAUUUUUCUACCAAAACACGCAAGAAUUGAUUCCCAGAAAGAAGAAGAAUUGGGUAUUCUUGAUUCUUGUAGAGAUGCUAAAUUGUAGUUUUGAAUUUCACAAUUGAUUUCAAGGAAAAAAGAUGUUUGGAUGCAAAUGCUUCCGUUGGAGCAAAAUUUCAGAUCUUUCUUCCCGAGAACCUGAUACUUUUCUUCUCCCAGAACCCAUCCCUCAAUGGCCUCAAGGAUGUUCAGGUACAGGAUUCGCUAGUGGAACAAUUAAACUAGGGGAAUUGGAGGUUCAUAAAAUCAGCAAGUUUGACUUUGUCUGGGGUUGUAAUCUGUCACAAGAUUGGAAACAGGGUGUUAGCUUUUAUAAGCCAAGGGGGGUGCCUGAUGGAUUUUUCAGCCUUGGCCACUACUGCCAAUCUAACAAGAAGCCUCUACGAGGGUUUGUGCUUGUUGCUCGGGAAGUGGCUAAACCUGAGACAGGAGAUCAUUGCAGUGGAAAUCCUUGUUUGCCUGCGCUUCAGAAUCCCCUUGAUUACACGUUAGUCUGGAGCUCUAAUGAUGGAACUGAAGAAAAUUUUGAUGGAUCCGGUUACUUUUGGUUACCUCAACCACCUGAAGGUUAUAAAGCCCUGGGGUUCAUUGUGACUACUAAGCCUGUUAAACCUGAGUUAGGGGAAGUCAAAUGUGUUCGAGCUGACCUCACUGAUGAAUGUGAAACUUACCGCUUAAUACUUAAAACCAGCUCAGUGCUUUCAGAAGUACUGGCAAUUUGGAGCAUAAGACCGCGGCAUAGAGGAAUGCAUGGUAAAGGUAUUUCAAUUGGUACCUUUUUCUGCAGUAGCUAUUGGAGCACAGGGCAAGAGCUAAACAUCGCAUGCCUAAAGAACUUCGAUACGAAUCUACAAGCAAUGCCAAACCUUGAUCAGAUUCAUGCAAUCAUUAGGCACUAUGGUCCUACUUUGUUUUUCCAUCCCAACGAGGUCUAUCUUCCAUCUUCUGUACAAUGGUUCCUUGACAAUGGCGCAAUGCUCUAUACAAGAGGCGAUUCAGUUGCUAAGCCUAUUGAGCCUGAAGGUUCCAAUUUACCUGGUGGUGGGACGAACGAUGGCCAAUGUUGGAUUGAUUUGCCAUGCGAUGUCCGCAGGGAUAUUGUCAUAUUUGGAAAUUUAGAGAGUGCAAAACUUUAUGUUCAUGUUAAGCCAGCCUUAGGUGGUACUUUCACAGAUCUUGCUAUGUGGAUUUUUUGCCCCUUCAAUGGGCCAGCUACUCUAAAGGUAGGAGUAGUGAAUGUUUCUCUAAGCAAAGUCGGUCAGCAUGUAGGUGAUUGGGAGCAUUUCACUCUCCGAGUGAGCAAUUUCACAGGAGAGUUGUGGAGUAUCUAUUUUUCUCAACACAGUGGUGGUGAAUGGGUGGAUGCUUAUGAUUUGGAGUUCAUUGCAGGGAAUAAAGCUAUUGUUUAUUCAUCAAAGAGUGGCCAUGCUAGCUUUCCUCAUCCUGGAACUUACAUUCAAGGAUCCUCAAAGCUAGGGAUUGGAAUUAGAAAUGAUGUUGCACGUAGUAAUCUCUAUGUAGAUUCAAGUACCAAGUAUGAAAUUAUUUCAGCACAGUAUCUCGGACAUGAAGCUGUUAGUGAGCCAUGUUGGUUACAAUACAUGAGAGAGUGGGGUCCAACCAUUAUUUAUGACUCAAGAAAGGAGCUUGAGAAAAUUGUUCAUCGCUUGCCAAUAAUGGUUCGAAAUUCAGUACAGAGUAUCUUUGAUAAGCUGCCAAUGGAACUGUUCAAGGAGGAAGGCCCUACUGGGCCAAAGGAGAAGAACAAUUGGUUUGGAGACGAAAGAUGGUAGCACAUUUCUUUGUCUAUGGGUAUCUUAAACUUGCCAUUGGCUUGUUGUACCAUUAUGUACAGAUUCAUAUUACUCUAGGACUGGGCUUUGUAGUUGCUUUUAGUCUAGCAAUUUGUGAGGACGGACUACAUUAUGGAUCCCAACAAGUUCAUAGUCCAUAGCAGGAGUUAUGUUGAUUAUUUGAUUAUCUACAGAAGGGAAGCAGAACACACUACUCAUAAACCAAUAGGGAAUCAAGAACGCGGUAAUCCUUCACCUUAAAGCAAAUUGAUUCUUGUUAUCACCAUUUUGUUCUGCACCUAUCACCAUGUGCUGCUUCUCUUUCAUUGUGGCAUCAGAUUGUCCUUUGUGAGCUGUGCAAAGUUUAAUGAGGACAUUCCUCAAUCCAAAUCCUAAACUUCAUUGCAAUUCAUGCCAUCUUUUCUUCUCCAUGCGAACAUCCUUUACUAUCUGAGCAGUUUAAUGUUUGGCAUUGGCAGUCUGCCCGUGCAUCCCUCUAAUCUUAACAGGUAAGAAACUUGGAGAAUGAUCAUUUGGUUCGAAAACAAAGUCAUGCAGGGAUUAUUUAGUGUAUACGUUAUUUUAGUGAAUGUUUAAGUUCAUUGCACUUGUAUAUACUGUGUACAUAUAUUAAUAGAAGUCCACCAUUUGAACCUUGUUUUCAAAUGAAAGUACAUAGAAGAUACAAAGAUGAGAUUGAGGUUA